CUCAUCGAUGGUGCAAAAGGCUGAUUUAACUCCUCGAGAAAAAGCCACUGCUCCCCAAGCCCUGGGACUUUUCUGAAUCCUCUUUGCUGCCUGUCAGGAUCACCACCUCUGUACUGAAGAACUGUUUAUCGGUGCUUAAUUGAUUUAAUGGGCACCUGCCUUGCACGGGGUCCUGUUGGGCUUAAUGAAUCCCCAAGUUUGUCAGGUUCUGUGGACGCACAGAGGGAAGGAGGUGUGGUGACGGUACAUGGCCGCUGCUGUCAGGAGCCGCCGUUGUGACGACGACGCAGCACUUAGAGAUGAAACACACAACGUGCAGACACCGUGAGGAGAAGCAGGGGAGCUGUGGAGACCACGGAGCUGGCUCUGUCCUCACGGCUGAUGCUCUUACCCCAAACUACCAGUUUUCUAACAGACCUGAAAAGUGAACAAGAUGGACGGGUCCAGCAAAGAGGAAGAGGAGGACAGCACGUUCACCAACAUUUCUCUUGCAGAUGACACAGAUCAGUCAUCAAGGAUUUUGUAUCCAAGAUCCCAAAGUUUGCUAUCCAAGAUGAUGAAUGCUGAUAUGGAUGCAGUUGAUGCUGAAAAUCAGGUGGAACUGGAGGAAAAAACACGACUUAUUAAUCAAGUGUUGGAGCUCCAACACACACUUGAAGAUCUCUCUGCAAGAGUAGAUGCAGUUAAGGAAGAAAAUCUGAAGCUAAAAUCAGAAAAUCAAGUUCUUGGACAAUAUAUAGAAAACCUCAUGUCAGCUUCUAGUGUUUUUCAAACAACUGACACAAAAAGCAAAAGAAAGUAAGGGGUUGAUAUCCCUUCUGUUUUAUGGAAUUGCUGCUGAUCUUUUUUGUUUAAAACUUGGAUAGAUUCCAGAAGUUAUAGUACUUUUAUUUGUGGCUUCAUUGAAUAUUUAUGAAGAUAAUGUCAGAUCUAGGCAAAAUUAAGAGCAUAACAGAAGACGUCCAUGAGUUUGUGUAUUAUGUUAGCCUAUAAAAAUGUGAAAAUGUAUUGUAGAGACUUUAUAAUUAGAAAUGCAUAUAUUUAUGAAACUUGAUAAUGUUUUAUCAAAUUUGCUUUGAUUUAUAAGUUUAGCACUGUCUUUUAUUAUCGGCAUAGUAGGAGAUACAAGAAAAUAACCACCAUGUUGUGAAAAAGUGACCAAAAUCAUGUACUGAAUCCCCAGUUUUGUGUGUCCUCUUGUCUGCCAUCUUGUGCCUCUUCACCAUUUGCUUCUUUCCCAUUUUCCUGCCCCUGAAGGAGAAAACUGGUUUCACAUGUGUAAUAGCAAUUUCAGUAGUUAAUCAUCUGUGAGAGUAACCUGAACUCUAAUUGUUCAAACUUAACCAAAAGAAGAUACUUUCUCGGUUAGGACUUAUUUGCUAUACAGUUAUGCACCCACAUAGUGACGUCUCAGUCAACGCCAGAUUGCAGAUACGACGGGUGGUAGCUGGUAUGGCCUCGGUGUGCAGUAAACUGUACCACUAGGUUUGGGAAGUGCACUCUGUGAUGUUAGCAGAACAGAUGCCCCAUGACCUUUCUCAGAAUGUAUUCCUGCCGUUACGUGGUGCCUAACUGUAUUUAGUAAUAAGAUAGGAUUGUUGGUUUCUCUUGAAUCAAUUGAAAACAGAGGCUAUAAAAAUAAAGACUCUUUCCUUGAAACUGAAUCGUCAAAUUGGAAAAAUUUGUUGAAAACUUUCUUUUACGUAAAAUAACUUGGUAUCUGAAAAGACCUCUGGUUUUGUGGAUGUUUGACAGAGAACAUUUUGAGGAAAAGUAGAAUUAGGAUGUAAGAAGUACUUGGUAAACACUAGUAACCAACUGGGGACGUUUUGACUCCAGAUCUGUGUCAUCUCUGGCACAGAAUUGAUCUUUGGAAAACAUAUGAAAGUGGAUUAAGUUUAACCUCACAUAAACCAUAUCUAGAAGAGAAAAGUUACAAAGACUUUGGUCUUAAAGUAUAUUUAUAGUACCCAGAAGAUCAAUUUUUGCAAAAUCCCUUGUGUAUUAGUAUCAGAAUCAUGAAUAAAAUGGGAGAGUUUUACAUGUAUACUAAUUGAUAAUAUUCUCAGUAUUUUAUCUUACUUCUCCCAGAAUUUUCUAUUAACCUACUUGAUUUGCAGAGUUUUAGUCAUUCUUCAAGCUUUUAAAAAUUUAGUUUGUAGAUUCCAUUUGCUAAGGAAAUUGUCAAAAGUGAUGUUAAAAUGUUAAAUAGAAAAAGAGUCACUAUAUAGCUUACAGUUACUAGAUUAGGCCUCCUUUUAAUCAUGGAAUAAUCUGAUGUUUGUAUUGGUGUACGAUUCAAUGAAUGACUUUAACUGUAUGAGUAUAUAAUAGUCAUACUGCAAAACAUUUUGCAUCCUUUUUGUGACCUAAUUUACAAACAUUUAAAAUUGUGUUGCAGUUUUGCUUUGCUGUUUAAUAAAAAGCUGUUUCAGAGA